GACGUGAUAUGUCAUGUCACGCAUGACGUUCAGUAUUUUCAGUCUAGUUACGUGACAAAAAUGUCAAAAACAGCCAUAGCUAGCUUCUUUAUUUAAAUUAAUUUAUAUUAAGUGGAUAUACACGGGCAUGAGCAUCGUGAAAAUUGAAGUGAAACAAUAGAGAAGAUAACGGUCGGUUCGGUUCAAUCCACGUAACGUGUAAAGACUGGGUGUGCUGCUGAAAAACCAGCUAUCCUAUUGAUUAUCUUAAAAGAAUUAGAUUUUUAAUUGAACUCAAUAAAAUGUGGAGUGAUUCUUUAUUGAUUGUGUUCAUUUCAAUAUGUACGGCGUUUUUAGGUGAAGGUUUAACAUGGAUAAUGGUCUACCGAACAGAAAAAUAUCAGAAACUAAAAGUGGAAGUAGAACGCCAAAGCAAAAAGCUGGAAAAACGAAAAGAAGCUCAUGGAGAUUCCUUGGAUAAACAACACAAAAAGAAGAUUGAACGUGAAGAAGAAAGACUCAAAAAUAACAACAGAGAUCUAUCUUUAGUUAAGAUGAAGUCAAUGUUUGCCAUUGGCUUUGCUUUCACUGCUCUGUUGAGUAUGUUCAAUAGCAUAUUUGAUGGGAGAGUUGUAGCUAAACUUCCAUUUUAUCCCAUCUCAUGGAUCCAAGGUUUGAGCCAUAGGAAUUUACCAGGGGAUGAUUACACUGACUGUUCAUUCAUAUUCUUGUAUAUUUUGUGCACCAUGAGCAUUAGACAAAACAUUCAGAAGCUACUAGGAUUUGCACCAUCCCGUGUGACUUCUAAACAAGAACCCAGAAUUGUUUACUGAAAAGGGUCAGCUGCCAGGAUCAUAAUAUUGAACAAGUGUAUUUUCUUCCUGCAUGUGAAAGAAAAUACCUACACCAGUAUCUGAUGUUACAGCAAGUAAACAAUGCACCAAAUUUUAUCCUUUGUUCGAAGACAAGGCAUGUUUACCUAAUACAGAAGGAUUUAUUUAUUAAUAAAAUACUUUAA